AUGACCAGUGCAGAAUCCUUGCUAUUCACAUCACUAGGUCCCAGCCCAAGUUCUGGAGAUGGUAAAUGUAGGUUUAAUGAGGAGUUCAAGUUCAUCCUGUUGCCUGUGAGCUAUGCAGUUGUCUUUGUGCUGGGCCUGGCCCUCAAUGCCCCGACCCUCUGGCUGUUCCUCUUCCGCCUUCGACCCUGGGAUGCAACAGCCACUUACAUGUUCCAUUUGGCAUUGUCAGACACCUUGUAUGUCCUGUCACUGCCCACCCUCGUCUACUACUAUGCCGCCAGAAACCACUGGCCCUUUGGCACUGGCUUCUGCAAGUUCGUCCGCUUUCUCUUCUAUUGGAACCUCUACUGCAGCGUCCUUUUCCUCACCUGCAUCAGUGUGCACCGCUACCUGGGCAUCUGCCACCCUCUGCGGGCAAUACGCUGGGGCCGCCCUCGAUUUGCAAGCCUUCUCUGCCUAGCUGUUUGGUUGGUAGUAGCUGGCUGCCUCGUGCCCAACCUCUUCUUUGUGACAACCAGUGCCAAUGGAACCACCAUCCUGUGCCAUGACACUACUCUACCAGAGGAGUUUGACCACUACGUAUACUUCAGUUCAUCAGUCAUGGUGCUUCUCUUUGGCUUUCCCUUCUUGAUCACUCUGGUCUGCUAUGGACUAAUGGCCCGGCGACUGUAUCGACCUUUGCCAGGAGCUAGACAGUCAUCUUCUCGGCUCCGUUCUCUCCGCACCAUUGCUGUGGUGCUGACUGUCUUUGCUGUCUGCUUUGUGCCUUUCCACAUCACCCGCACAAUUUAUUACUUGGCAAGGCUGUUGAAAGCUGAAUGCCAGGUGCUGAACAUUGUCAAUGUGGUUUACAAAGUGACUCGUCCCCUGGCCAGUGCUAAUAGCUGUCUUGAUCCAGUGCUCUAUCUGUUCACCGGGGACAAGUACCGAAACCAGCUCCAGCAGCUAUGCAGAGGUAGCACACCCAAGCCCAGAACAACUGCCUCCUCCCUGGCCUUGGUGACGCUACAGGAAGAGAGCAUCAGCAGGUGGGCGGACACCCACCAAGACAGCAUCUUCCCUGCUUAUGAGGGUGACCGAUUGUAA